AUACUAAAAUAUUGUAUUGCGUUGCCAAAUACAUGAAAUAUAAAAAGAAUUUUGUAUUUCAUUGCAAAGAUGUGAAUAAUUUCUGGACAGAAUUCACAAAUGCUAUAAAAUAUAAUCUAUCAGAGGCUCUAAUUGAUAUCCCAACUGAAACAAUUGCCAUCGUCCCUGAAGGUGAAGAAUAUGAGUCAACACCUGUUACACAAAAGGAAUUUUCCAGUUAUAGAACCCUUCCUCAGGUGUUGACAUUGUUCGGUAUGGACGUCGUGAAUGAUAUCAAAGAUCUCAAACAGUUUAAACCACGGACGGGUCACGUUGACUUUGCUAUUAAGUACUUGAUGGAAUUGCUCUGUGUCAGUGAAUGCAAAAUGUUUGAUUUCACUUAUGGUGUAUCACAAAAUAUCAUACAGCUUGAUUCGGCUAUUUAUAAUAAUCUCAAAUCUAGGAAAAGAGAAUUCUCUGAUAUCGAUGAUGUUGAUGGUAUUUAUGGUAUUGUAACAUCAGGAAAUAAAUGGUUAUUUAUCGUUUAUACCUCAGAUAAUUUAAUCGCCUCAACAAGCCGAAAUGUUUUGACCCAUUAA